AUGUCAUCAAGUUGAUUAUUAUGAAUAUCGACGAAGAAAUCUAAAAGGUUUAUGUUUUACUUAAAAAUUCAGCUGAAACCCUUGAGGAUGUACUUCAUAAAUCAUUUGAAAUUCCAGUUGAUAAUUGGUCAAAAGAGAAACCUGUGUUAUUAUUUCCUGAUUCUGGGGAUUCCUUAUAAGAUUUAUUAGAAUUGAUGAGCAGAAUAGACAAAAAUUUAGAUUAGGUUCGUGUGAAUAUAAGAUAAUUCGAAUUAAAUAAAUUUUAAGUGAUAAAAGAAGAAGAGUUUGAUCCACGAUAUUCAUAGCCAUUGAUUGAUUAUGAAAUAGUAUAAAAUGCUGAAUAGACA